CCCAGCGCCAACAGCAGUACAACACCGCCACCCACCAUUUAGUAGAACCUCCCCACGAAGUUGACCCAUCCCCACCCAUUUCACCAUGGCGCAACUGUACACUAUGCUGCCUAUCCUUGCCGGCAUCCAAUAUUUGGAUAUGAAGGACCCCGACACAAUCCUCUAUCUACAAAUUGGGUUCGGGUGCAGUGCCACGUUCUCGUUGAUCAUGAUGUUCGUCAUCUCACAGAAGAUCGCUUCUAUGAAAUUUGACCCAUCGGUCAAGGUUUCUGUUGAGGCGGCAGGACAGGAGCCUCAGAUGAUGACUAUACAAGAACAUGACUACGCCGAGGUGGGGCGUAUGCGCUCGCAGGUGCUGAUUGCGUCGGGUGUGGUGUCGUUCCUUAACUACCAGUUCGACUAUGUGCAGCCUUUGUUCAUCCAGUGUGUGACGCAGUUGAUUACGCUGUGCAUGUCACCGCUGUUCCGUGUGCACAUGUUGGGACAGGAAGCCGAAGGCGCUCUAGCACGCCCAUGGAAGGAGAAAAACCCGCUCAUGGACAUGAUGAACCCAACAACCACAGACGACACCACCGCCACCGCACCACCACCCCCAGCCGUGUCUGCGGCGGCGGCUCCUAAGAAGAAGGCUCGAUCCAAGAAGAUCGACUAACGCAUUAAACAAAGAUAACCGCAACUGAUGUAUGCCAGACCACACGGCCUGAUGUAUGGAUCUGUUUUGUGCAAGACGAG